AUGGAGGCGUGUGAACGAGAGGCAGGCGAGGUGUGCCAUCGCAUUACACACACACGUGCCGGGCGUCCUGUCUGCCCAGCUGAAGAGGAGGCGGCGUCUCUGGCCGCCCAGUCCUCUCGCCUCACCCACGUGACCGGAGGUCUGCAGGCCUCGGUCUCCGGCUGCCUUGGAUACCGAGUCGAGCGUCUGGGCGCCGUCUCAGAGCGCGUCGUCAGACGCGUUUGUCCCUCCGUCGCCCAGCGACUCCGGAACAGCUGCGCCCCAGACGACCGGUCUCUCCGGCCUCCCGCGGCCUGUCCGGUACCGGUCGGGUCCGAGGCUGGCACAUUUGCGCAUCUCCCACUCGUCCGGACUCGCUCAGAGUCGGCCGGACCUGCGUAG